CCUCCUCCUCAAAGAGAAGCCCUCAAAGGGUGUGUUUUGUCCACAUGUAAAGCCGCCUCCCCUUAGUCACAAAACCCAACUCAAAACAUAUGCCCAACUAAUUAAAGUGCCCACUACUCCAUGUAGUCGUUAAACUAGUGCAGGGUAUAAAAUCUCCCCCACAGUACAAGCUAGGCUUCCCCCCACUUUCCCCUCUCCUCCCCAAGCAACAAAUCCUUCCACUGGGCAGAGGCUUCAAUGGCCUCAGAACCUGUAGAGUGCCAGGUUCUGGUGCUGAGGGUGUCCAUCCAUUGCGAAGGAUGCAAGAAGAAGGUGAGGAAAGUGCUCCUACAUGUUGAUGGCGUGUAUAGAUGCGACAUCGACGCCCGGAUGAACAAGGUCACGGUCACCGCCUCCAGAAAUAUCGACGCCGGCAUCCUCAUCGCGAGGCUGCGCAAGUCCGGCAAGCAGGCGGGGCCAUGGCCGGAGGAACCCAAACAGCCGCAGCCUGCAGAGAGCCAAAGCCAAGAGAACAAAGCCGAGGAUCAGCCCAAGCCGAACGAACCCGCCGAGAAGCCAGCCGGUGCCGGUACUCCUCCCGAGAGCGCCGCCGCAGAGCCGAGCGACGCCCAGCCUACGCCGGAGCCGGAGAAGAAAAGCGCAGACGAGGCGGCACCAAAGCCGCCGGCUCAAGAAAGCAAAGAGGCCGACGAGACAGGACAACAGCAGCAACAGCAACCCAACGAGGCCGCUAGAGGGAAAGCCAAGCUACAGCAACCGCAGCAGCCGGCUGAUCAGAUUCAGGACCAGAAGCCGAUCGAUGCCAAGGUGACACUGGAGUUCGAGGGCCGAAGCAGGGGCGGAGUCAGCCAUGGCGGCCACCACAUGCCGAUGAUGCCGCAGCAGCAGCCGGUGCACGUCAUGAGCUACAACGUGGCGCGGCCCAUGGUGAGUGCGUCCUACUACGCCGCCGCGCCGGUGCCGGCCGCGCCAUCGCCGAUGCCGAUGCCGAUGGCGCGGCCCGGGCCGCCGUCGCAGGGCAGCGGUUACAUAGACGAGUACGCGCCGGCGCCGAGUUACUACAGCCGGCCGGCGCCAUCGGCGGCGUCGUACUCGUACGAGCCGGCGCCUUACUACUACCCUCCACAAGAGCCGUCGCCGUACUACCGGCAAUAUAAUCAGCGUUCUGCGGCGGAGGACUACUACUACGGAUCGGAGCCGGCGCCGGCGCCGCAGAGGAGCGCCUUCUCGCCGCCGCGGGACGCCUACGGCGACAUGUUCAACGACGAGAAUGCCAACUCUUGCAGCGUGAUGUGAUCGAAGGGGAUGCAAUGUUAGAUAAGAUUUUAGUAGUAGUAGCCGAUGCAUUAGUAGUUUUAGUAUUACGUACUCAGGUUCCAUGCAUGUUACUGGAAUAAAAUGUGCUGAGCUUGAUGCAUGUAAUGGGAGAACUAGAGAGAGGGGUUCAUGGAACAGCUAGCUCUUGUCGAUGUUUAUGGGAGCAAUUUUGUAAUAUGGUGACAAGGCUAAAUAUGAGAGAUGAACCUCUUUGAUGACAA